AUUUUGGGUUGUUUCUGUUUAUUUGGUUUACCAAUGGCUGUUAUACCUACUUCAGUUCCUUCUUCUUCUGAUCACAACGCUCUCAGUAAUCCUUCGACCUCCCCAAUACAAUUAAACCUUCAAACUCAACGUACUCAACAGGGUGAUUUAAACGAUGGUUCUGUGGAUAUUUCAGAAAGUAAGCCUGAUGCAGUGGAAAACUCCCAGUAUUUUGAUUCAGCGGAGUACAAUGAGAAGUACAAGAAAUAUGAAUCCGAUUAUGUUCGUCGUAUAAAAUCCAAAUAUUUCUCAAAGAAGAACUUCUAUGGAGGCAAUAUAUUUGAGAACGAAACUGCAAUAGAGAAUGAUAUUAUAAAAUCGAGCAGGUGGCCAUGUACAAGGUCAUUCACAGAUGCAGUUCAGAGUUUUGAAGAUCAUGGCAGGUCAUCUGCCUCAGUAGCAGAACCCUCGAACUAUUCCUCGAGCAAGAAAUAUCAAUCUAAGAAGGGCUCCAGUUAGGAGUUGAAAAUCCUGUUUUUUCAUGUAAUGGGAACCCACAGAAGAAUAUUGUUGAUUUAGACAUUUUUUUACUUCACAUACAAAUCAGUAGCACUGUAUAAAUUAGUAUAUACUCACGUAACCAGUUUGGAUCUUGGGUCUGAUAAAGGUUAGAUCUACAAUGGUUUUACGGCAGUGAA